AUGGGAAAACAGAAGAAUGGUAAAAAGGAACGUCGAGAGAGUCUGGGAUUGGGCGAGCUAACGAGAAGUGGCAAAUCAAAAGUCGAAGAAGAAAGAGAGCUGUUGAAAUUACAACAGGAGGGGAUCUUGUAUCUAGAUGAUAUACGGAUUGGAGAAUCAGGGUUCUCUUAUAACAUAAUGAAUGAAGAUAGAUCUCGACGUAAAAGUCGUACACAGAUUCCGGAACGGAUGAGACCAUUUAGCACUAAGACAAAGCGACCAUGGCUUUGUCAAAAUCCAAUGAAAUUAUCUAACCCCAAACCGCAAGAUUUUCUACUAGGAUUGGAGCCUCUGGGUAGAUUUUACCAGAGGCGUUUACUCGAAAGGAAAGUAACUGACCAAGAAUGGCUUCAACUGAAAAGGGCAGAAUCUCGGAUGAUGAGAGAGGAAACCAGGGAAAGAACUUACAAAGAUAAAAAGGCAAAAGAAACUGUCAAGAAACCUAAAAUUAAUAGAGAACUCUGCGUGGAUUUGACUCAGCGCCAUUCAAAAGAUGAAGAUAAAGAUCAAUUGUAUUAA